UUAUUAGAUGUCUUAGUAACAAGACCCACCAAGUGCAAAGAAAAGAAUUAGAAGAUGCACUAAACAUGAUGAGACUCCUCGUCCCUAUAAAUGUGGUUGUGGGCGUGGUUACUACAGCUAUCCAGCAUUGUAUACUCAUUUGAAGUAAUUCUAUUCAUAUCUUAUAAAGGAUUAAACAUGAAGGGUAACCUCCUGCGGGGACUUAAAUACCAAGUGAUAAGCAUUAUGGAAGUAGGGGAAGGCCAAGGGAAAAGAAUUUUAAGUGCGAAGAAGAAAGCAAGCAUCAAGUCUUUAUUGAUGAAGAUAAGCGGGAAGACAAUCAGAAGGAUGAGAAAAUCACAAUCAAUUAAUGAAAAUAGAAGAAAGCAAAG